GGUAGUAGCAGCAGCGAGAUGGCGGCUGGAGUGUCGGUGUCGAGCCGCGCGACCCGGGUCGGGCAGCUCGAGUUGUUCCUGCGGGACCGGGGCUGGUACCGUGUGAGCGCCGAUCUGGGCGGGGACAGCCUGGGCCUCAGCGCCGAGGAGCCCGCGCUGGAGGCCGCUGCCUGGAAUGGAAUCUCUAACGGAUCGCCCCGACACCGCAGCCCGAGCCCAGCUCACAUGAGCCCGGCGGGGCCCGCAGCCGGGUGCCCGGGGCUGGUUCCUGCCGAGGCGGGUAGCCCAAGUCACGGGCCAGUGCCAGCAGCGCUGUUGGACCGGGUGCGCUCCGUGCGGGUGGUGAAGCAGGAGGCGGGCGGCCUUGGGAUCAGCAUCAAAGGCGGCCGCGAGAACCGGAUGCCGAUCCUCAUCUCCAAAAUAUUCCGCGGCCUCGCGGCGGACCAGACCGGCGCCCUGUAUGUGGGCGACGCCAUUCUGUCAGUCAACGGCGCCGACCUCCGCCAGUCCACACACGACCAGGCGGUGCAGGCGCUGAAGAAAGCGGGGAGAGAGGUGACGCUGGAGGUUACAUACAUCCAAGAAGUGACAGCAUACUUUAAAAAGCCAUCGUUGAUAGCAGACAUUGCCUGGGACAGCUCAACGCCAUCGUCUCCUCAACUGGGGGACAAUGGCUCCACUCCUCCAAACACUGCCAAAGACCAGAAGAGGUUUCCACUGAAGAUGUGCUACAUUACCCGGAAUCUGAUCAUGCCCGAUCCAGAGAACAGGCUGAUUGAGCUGCACUCGCCUGAUGGCAGAUACACCAUCAUCUUGCGCAGUAAAGACGCUGCCACAGCUCACGCCUGGUUCACUGCGAUUUAUGCCAACAUCUCAGCCCUGGUACCACAGAUGCUGUCAGAGCUCAACGUGAUGCUGGCAUCCAGUACCUCUGGCAACCGAGAAAUCCAACAUGUGGGCUGGCUUGCUGAACAGCUGAAAGUGGAAGAUGGGAGGCAACACUGGAAGCCAGUUGUCCUGGUUCUCACCGAUAAAGACUUGCUUCUUUACGACCGUGUCCCAUGGAAUCGAGAUACUUGGUCCUCGCCCAGUCAGAGCCAUCCACUGCUGGCCACCAGGCUUGUUCACUCGGGGUCAGCACGAGGGUCCCCAACAAUCAACUCCGAGCUGACGUUUGCUACACGGACAGGAUCACGGCAAGGGAUUGAGACUCACAUUUUCCGUGUAGAAACUCACCGAGACUUGUCAGCAUGGACACGGAUGCUGGUUCAAGGAUGUCAUAGUGCUGCCGAGCUUAUUAAGGAGGUGACAUUGGGAUGCACGUGGAAUGGAUUGGAUGUCAAACUAACCAUUGAUUACGAAGAUGGGUUUGCGAUGUCACAGGAGGGCAGCACCAAUGUCCUUUUCCAAUACCCGUUCGAAAGGUUAAAGACGUCAGCGGAUGAUGGGAUCAGGCGACUGUAUCUGGAUUUUGGGGGUCCAGAAGGGGAACUGAGUCUGGAGUUGCACUCCUGCCCAAAGCCUGUGGUUUUUGUCAUACAUUCAUUUCUGUCAGCCAAAGUGACACGAAUGGGACUUUUGGUGUGAGUGAUGGGUGAUGCCGGAGAGAACACAAAAGAAACCUCAGUAUCCUUCAAUACAUUGCACAAUCUCCCACCUAGCCCUGCCACCUCCCCAGGGAACACAGUGAUGGACCCUGGCCUGGAAUACAGUGUUCUGCCAUCCAAUUACAAGCUGCAAAUGUUUUAUUGCCAAAUGUGCCUUUUUAUUAAUAACAGACUUUUUUAUUGUUGGAUAUUAGAUUUCUUGCUCUGGAAAUUUAUGUAGUUUUACAUUUUGGAAUGUCCAGUAGUUUUUGUUAUAUUGCAGUAAAAGAAGUUGUCCCCAAGAUGCUAGUUACCCUUGUGUCUUGGUUGAGACACUGCUCCAGCACCAGGUUGAUAACUGAGAAAAACAAGCCUCACUUUCUGCCAGACAGAAGUUGUCACAUUUGUUCUGUUUUAAUCAUUAUCCUCUCAUUCUCGCAUUGCAGCAGGAGGCAAUUGUGUGAGCUUUGAUCUGGACUUUCCUGUUAGUGUAAUUCAGUGUGGAGAGUGUGAGUGAUGGUUCAUGAAGUAACCAUGUGUAAACUAUAGAACCUCACUUGGUCAGUUCUGAGAACUGCCUUAGUUUAGCAUUUUAACAGUCGAUGUACCUUUCUGAGCCUGGAUGACUGCUUGAGCCGUUGAGUUGAACGUGUGGACGUGGCCUACAGGCUUAGUGAAAAGUUCUGUAGUAAAACCGAUUUAGCAUUUUGGGGGAAAGAGGUUGAGAAAAUGGAAAGUUAGCAUCCAGCAAAUACGAAGCCUAGCGUAUUGAUAAUGUCACAUUUUGAAUGGGUGAAAACACUCCAGGGUAAACCAUAAAGCCAAUUGUUAUUAUGUAAAACACAAAGCUAGUUUGUCCUUACCUCUUAGGAUUGCUAACUAUUUGCUGUGUUGAACUGUAUUGUGUUUCUGAUGCAUUUAAUUGUAUAUUGUAGCAAUUAACUUGUACCUCAUGCCUUAAGAUCAUGUUCUUUAACCUCUACGAGCAUUUGCGUGAUCAAGGUCUUGCCCAGACCUUUCCACAAUGUCUCAGUUAUACACAUUGUAUACCACUGAGUUACUGCCCAAGCUUUGAAUGCAGUGUUGGACUCCUUGCUGGUUCCUCUUGUUCCCACUCCAAGCAAUGUAGCAACUGCACCUGAUUGAAGGUAGCAAUGUGACACUCCAAUCCUACUGCAUAUUUCCUCCUCCGUUCUUGACACUCCACCUCAUUGACGUACUGCUUGGGUAGGUGGGCGGAUUGGAAAUGGGGCAGCAGUUGUAUUCUCUGGCUUUCUUUGUUGUGUUACAAUGACCAUCAACUAUAGGCUGUUGAUCUCCUAUUCUGCUAUUCCACAAUGACUUGAUGGCUUCUUGAGAAAUGACUGUUACUGACAACCAUGAAGUGUUGGAAGUAAAGAUGUUUGCUUGCCACUAGAAAGACUGACCCAAACAAAUUUGCUGACAUCCCACUUCCUGAAGUUAAUGGUUUAUUGUCGUAUAUAGUUCUCUGGGUGCUGAUUACCUCCCAGCACCUUACCCAAGUAUGCACAUAUGAGCCUGGAAUGAGUUUGAGUUAUUGAAACAUUAGGGCAUUAUAGCUCAGUUCACUGCUGUCUUCCAUGCACGUACACUUCCAACAGGGAUUAGUAGAUAAUGAUCAGGAGCAGAAACCUAUGGAAUUUCUUGCCUCCCUAGCCUGUGGAUCCUGUGGCCUAUUGUUAGGUUGCCCUGGUCACAAACAAACUGUGGUCAAAGCAUCAAAUCUAGGAGCUUCCCUGACUGCAUGACUGUUACAAUACCACAGGUGCAUUUAUAUACUGUACCACUUGGGUGGGCAGUGACAUAUCAUCAAGAUUGUAAUUUUGACUCGGUAUGAUGUUGGCUCUCAGGUGAUACACUUGGCAAUAGAAGAUCAUAAUUGAGUUAUUACUCUGUGGUGGUCUCUUGUUCAGAAUCUGCACAAGGCUGGUCCACAGUAUUCCAAGGCACUAUUGAUGACAACCAGCCAACCUGUUUCAUUAGCAGGACUUGAAGGAACAGACCAGUCGUGGGACGCUGGGAUUAUUACCAUCUGACGCCUAUUAUUAACCUUGUGAUAUAUUACAUCAACAAGAUUGCAUUUAUAGAGCGCCUUUCACGUCGGGAAGACGUUCCA